GCGACAAAGUUAACUUUUUCACAUUUAUUUUAGUCUACAUCCGGUUCCAGCAUGUAUAGUCAUCCGUUACGAGAGAAAUUAUAAUGUUCCGCACCGAGUUCUACAUUUAUUUUCAAGUUUAUACGUGUAAAUCAAACUCGAUUCAAGUAGUUCCUUGGUUAAUUCAAUUUUAUGAAUUGCGUUUUGUAUGUUGUGCCAAAACAAGGACAAAGUGAAUGUCAAUUGUGUUAGCCUCGUAAACAGUGAGAGCAAGAUGGCGACGCCCUUGAGCAGCACAGGAUGCUUGAGGUUCCUGGCUGCAGCGAGCAGGGCAAGUACACUCGGGAGCCGAAACCUUCACGUCACAGCAGUGUGCUGCAAGAACCGAGCUGCUCGCAUCAGAGUGGGGAAAGGCGAUCGUCCUCUGACCUACGAGCAAGCCCUGAAACCUCACCACAUCGCCCACCACAAAGGAUGGCUAUCGCAGCACACCAGUAACCUCAAAGGCGAGGACGGCGCGGCGGAGCGCGCCGUCGAAGACGCCUUCAUCCGUCGCUUGAUGUUCGGCACCUUCCACGGCUGCCUGGCCGACGAGCUGGUGAUCAAGCGGCGCGGCAACGCGCUGACGGUGUGCGCCCUCGUGCUGCAAAAGCUGCCGCCGCAGAAAUUCUACUUCCUGAUUGGAUACGCCGAGUCGCUGCUGUCGCACUUCUACAAAUGUCCCGUCAAGCUGGACGUGCAGACGCUGCAGGAGAAGCAAGUGUACAAAUAUCUGUGACGGCCUUCAACUUCCCCUUUGCUGUCACGGAAAGCCAGCCGUUUCCUUUCUCCAAUUGAUUUGAGAAAUUGCCCAUGACGGACACUCACCGGGUUCUUUGCGGUGGCCUACUUGAAAAAAUAAAAAAGGGGGGGGGGGGCGGCAAAAAAAAUGUAGUCAUGUUAACUCACUCA